GUCACUGCCACAAAGUAAACAGAUGUGGUAGGAGGAGAACAAGAGACAUUUUUCCACUUGACAUUUACCCACCUUGGCGACAAAAAAAGUUUAUUAAAAACUAUUAAAAUGGGAAAAUGUACCUGGAUUUUACUGUUAACUCGUAUUUUGCACGCCUGGGGACAGAUGAUAGAGCUGUUGCCCACACCUUGCACCAACAAAGCUGUGGAGAAGCUUUCCAAAUUGGCCCUCACCUACAUCAAUGAAGACCGAACCGAGGGGUAUAAAUUUGCCCUCAAUAGAAUAUCCAACGUUCAUCUUCACGCUCAGGGUCCAGCUGGAAACGUCUACUACCUCCUUCUAGAUGUGUUGGAGACCAAGUGUCAUGUGAGAAGCCCUAAACCCUGGAAACGAUGUGAUGUCAGACCCUUCAUGGAAACCCAAAUCUCUGGGAACUGCAAUACCACCAUUCUCCACACAGCCAAUGGAUACUCCUACCUGUACAGCUACGACUGCACACUGGUGCCUGACCCUCCAGAGAAGCUGCAGCAGACAUGUCCAGCCUGCCCCUUGCUGCUGCCCAUAGACAGCCCCAGGGCGGUGCACGCUGCUGGGCUGACCCUCUACAAGUUCAACACGCAGAGCACCCUACCCUCCAGCCUGGCCCUGCAGAACCUUACCAGGGCCUCCGUACAGAGUGGGCCCGUGCCUGCUACCUUUGUGGAGUACACAGUGCAGGAGUGUCGCGAGGGCUAUGUGGGCAUAUGUGUGCCAACAGACAACAGCGGAGACCCAGCUGGGUUUUGUAAGGGGGCGGUGUAUGGAGCUAUCGGCCAACCAGACGUGGAUGUCUCUUGUGAAAUAUUCCAUCCAAAGGGCAUUGAUGUUUUCCAUGACCUGACCCCUCCUCGACCCCCAAUGAUGCCUGAAGUCCCCAUCUUUGUUCCCAAUGUCCCCAUUAUCAUCCCCUCCUACCCCACAGCCCCCCCUCCUCUUCUGGAGGAGCCCCAAACACAACCCUUUGACCCCAGUAUCCUGGUUGACCCUACAUGCAUCUUUCCCAACCCCCCUAUCCCAAACCCCAACCCUUCGUCUUCCAGCGAGUCUUUGGAGUCUCAGGAGACUCCAGUCUCUCCAGGAGUUCCAGACUCUUCCUCCGAGGAGCUAGGUGUGGCUCGACCGCCCUUCAACUUCCGCUACCGGCCCCUGCGCAGACGGAGGCAGGCCCUGGUGACAGCCAAGCCCCCUCACACCCCUGUCUUUCUGGCUGAGUUCCCCAGCACGCCCUCUCCCUUCCGCUCCUGCCCUGGUCCUUCUCGCUACACCACUGUGUGACCCAGACUGGGAUAGAGCCUCCUUCAGUAGGGCACAACUCUGUGCAAUGUUCAUAAAGAAAUGUAUCACUUUUCUAUCUGCAAUGUUCGUUAGGUUGUAUCCUCCUGAACGUAUCUCGAGCAUGACUUUAAAGUUAGGAGACUGGUAUAAAAUGUAGAGUUAAAGUUAGGAGACUGGUAUAAAAUGUAGAGUUAAAGUUAGGAGACUGGUAUAAAAUGUAGAGUUAAAGUUAGGAGACUGGUAUAAAAUGUAGAGUUAAAGUUAGGAGACUGGUAUAAAAUGUAGAGUUAAAGUUAGGAGACUGGUAUAAAAUGUAGAGUUAAAGUUAGGAGACUGGUAUAAAAUGUAGAGUUAAAGUUAGGAGACUGGUAUAAAAUGUAGAGUUAAAGUUAGGAGACUGGUAUAAAAUGUAGAGUUAAAGUUAGGAGACUGGUAUAAAAUGUAGAGUUAAAGUUAGGAGACUGGUAUAAAAUGUAGAGUUAAAGUUAGGAGACUGGUAUAAAAUGUAGAGUUAAAGUUAGGAGACUGGUAUAAAAUGUAGAGUUAAAGUUAGGAGACUGGUAUAAAAUGUAGAGUUAAAGUUAGGAGACUGGUAUAAAAUGUAGAGUUAAAGUUAGGAGACUGGUAUAAAAUGUAGAGUUAAAGUUAGGAGACUGGUAUAAAAUGUAGAGUUAAAGUUAGGAGACUGGUAUAAAAUGUAGAGUUUCAUCCUGCAUACGUUUGGUAUAUUAUUUUGUUAAUGACAUCUCUUCUCUGAAAACAUAUUCAGACAUGAGUCGUUAUCUAGCCUGCAGCUUACAUUUCAGAAGUUUCUCUGAGACUUCAGUUCAGACGUUCUCAUCUGAUUUUAAAAACAGCUAAAUAAACUCUUACAAUGUGA